CUUGAAAGACUUUUUGCUGACUCUCAUCUUUUUCUGGAAAACUGGAUACUUCCAACCAUAUGGGGAUGAACCAUAUGGGCAUGAACCAUAUGGGGAUGAACCACAUGGACCACAUGGACCACAUGGACCACAUGGACAACAACAGUACCAUGCCACCUCACCAUCACCCAACCACUGCCUCACACUCCCAUGGUGGAGGAGACAUGCCUAUGACCUUCUACUUUGGCUUUAAGCGUGUGGAACUAUUGUUUUAUGGUUUGGUAAUCAACACACCUGGAGAGAUGGCUGGAGCUUUUGUAGCAGUGUUUUUACUAGCAAUGUUUUAUGAAGGACUCAAGAUAGCCCGAGAAGGUCUGCUGCGUAAGUCUCAAGUUAGCAUUCGCUACAAUUCCAUGCCUGUCCCAGGACCAAAUGGAACUAUCCUUAUGGAGACACACAAAACUGUUGGGCAGCAGAUGCUGAGCUUCCCCCACCUCCUGCAGACAGUGCUGCACAUCAUCCAGGUCGUCAUCAGCUACUUCCUCAUGCUCAUCUUCAUGACCUACAAUGGGUACCUAUGCAUUGCAGUAGCAGCAGGAGCUGGGACAGGAUACUUUCUCUUCAGCUGGAAGAAGGCAGUGGUAGUGGACAUCACAGAGCAUUGCCAUUAACGUCAGACUCCAAAUGUGGCCUUAUCAUUUGCUGUA